AAAUACACUCAGACUGAGCCCACAGACGACACCCACUCACUCCUUGCUUUUCCUCAACAAAAUAUCUGUUGUUGCUCUCUUUCUAAUUGUAUUUCAGUUUAUUAUAUUAUUUUCUUUUCUUCCGAAACCCAGCUGCGAGUGCCAGAGAAAGAGGGAAAAGGAGCAUCCGCCGCGUCUCCCCAGCUAAGAGCGCUAUGUAUUUUGGCACCCAUUAACUCCUCCUCCUCCUAUUAUAAGUAAGGGUACGCUUAGAGAGAGAGAGAGCGAGAGAGAGUUAGGGGGAAAAAAAGAAACACAAAAAAAAAAACCCAAAAAAAAAAAAUAAAGAAGGAAGAAGGCAAAAGCUGUGUCGGUGCAAUUGGAUUUUGUUCGCUUCUUUUCUCCCUCCCUCCCUCUCUCUCUCUCCUCUCUCUCUCUCUCUCUGAGAAAAUUAAGGCGGAGGCUUGGCGAGAUGGCAGGAAUCUUGGAAACCAGGUAGUUUGUUGCCUCAGCCACGACGCCUAGUUCAGUCAGGCCUAUUUCAAACUUUUUUUUUUUUUUAUGGGAAUUUCGUAGAAGAUUUUAGGGGAAGAAGAGAAAUAGUUGCAGAGAAAGAGAGAGUGAGUCAGAGACAGAGAGAUGGAAGGAGGAAAGAGGAGCGAGAGGCCGUACAAGGGGAUAAGGAUGAGGAAGUGGGGGAAGUGGGUGGCGGAGAUCAGGGAGCCGAACAAGAGGUCCAGAAUUUGGCUGGGUUCGUAUUCCACGCCUGUGGCCGCCGCCAGGGCCUACGACAUCGCCGUUUACUACCUCAGAGGCCCAUCGGCUCGCCUUAACUUCCCGGAAUACUUGGUAGCCGAACUCGGCGCCGGCGGGCUCCACGACAUGUCGGCGGCUUCGAUAAGGAAGAAGGCGAUAGAAGUGGGAGCCAGGGUGGACGCGCUGGAGACUAAUUCCGUCGCCGGCCACGAUCACCACCAUGCGCCGCCCUCGGAGUUCAAACCCUGUUGGUUCCAGGAGAAGCCCGACUUGAACAAGAAACCCGAACCCGAAGACCCGGAUGCUGACUGGUGAGUCUAGAUAUACACAUAUAUACAAAAUAUAUAUAUAUAUAUGUGUGUGUAAGGGUGAUGAACUAGCUAGCUGUAGCACUAUUUGCUUGAGAUGUCUCUCUCUCCCCCUUUUGUGGGGUCUCUUCUUUCAGUAUGGAUAAAGGAGUUUUGAUGUAAAUACUUUGGUCUUUUGAUUUUGUGCCUUUCUCGCUUCAAUUACAUACAAAAU